CAUGAUCACUAAAUAGAAUGUCGAGACGAUCUUCAGCAGUAAUGCUAAAAAAUUAUCCUUUGUCUCUCUCAUCUAUACACAAGAAAGUGAGAAACGAUAGUACGUACCUCAUGUGCAUCUCACUGACAACACCAAGACUUUCCAAUUCAAAAUAAAUGUACAUCUUUUUAGUGUAAUGUUGAUGUAUGAUGAUUUAUUUAUUUUCCUUCGCCACUUGACAGAGGCAAACCAAGUUAGUCCAGGAUGAGAAUCAGCUUCUGGAGAAUAUUCUGAGGUCCUUACUCCAAGAAUUAGUGACUUCUGCAGUACAGUCAGGGCAGAAAAUCAUGCUGUAUGGGCAAUCAAUUGAUGAAGAUGAAACUGUGCAGGGUCAAAUCCCGCGCCUUCUGGACAUUGUGCUAUAUCUUUCUGAGAAAGAGCAUAUUGAAGGUGGUAUGAUAUUUCAGCUUUUAGAAGAUUUGACAGAAAUGUCCACAAUGAGAAAUUGUGAAGACAUAUUUGGGUACAUUGAGAGUAAACAAGAUGUAUUGGGAAAGCCAGAACUAUUUGCACGAGGAAAACUUGUGAUGUUAAGAACGUGUAAUCAACUUCUCCGUCGACUGUCAAAGGCAAAUGAUGUUGUGUUCUGUGGAAGAAUCAUCAUGUUCCUUGCACACUUUUUUCCACUAUCUGAACGCUCUGCUGUUAAUAUAAAGGGAGUAUUCAAUACAUCAAAUGAAACAAAGUAUGAGAAAGAACCUCCUGAAGGUCUUUCAAUUGAUUUCAACUUCUACAAAACCUUUUGGAGUUUACAGGAGUACUUUUGCAACCCGCCAUCUCUAUCUGUUGCCCCCUCCAAGUGGCAUAAAUUUACUGCCAGUUUAAUGGUGGUUCUUAAUACAUUUGAGGCUCAGCCUAUAAGUGAUGAAGAGGGAAAUGCGAAUUACCUUGAGGAUGAGGCAGCAGCAUUCAACAUAAAAUAUCUUACUAGCAGUAAGCUGAUGGGUCUUGAGUUGAAGGAUCCCAGUUUCCGACGUCACAUUCUAGUUCAAUGCCUCAUUCUGUUUGAUUAUCUUAAGGCUCCAGGGAAAAGUGAUAAAGAAUUUCCAUCUGAAGUUAUGAAAGAAGAAAUAAAGACUUGUGAAGAGCGGGUGAAGAAGCUUCUUGAAAUUACUCCACCUAAAGGAAAAGAAUUUCUUCAGUCCAUAGAGCUUAUUCUAGAGCGUGAAAGGAACUGGGUUUGGUGGAAACGUGAUGGUUGCCCUCCAUUUGAAAAGCAACAAAUUGAGAAAAACCUAGGUCAAGGAGUGCAAAAGAAACGCCGACAGAGGUGGAGGCUUGGAAAUAAAGAACUCUCUCAAUUAUGGAAAUGGGCCGAUCAGAAUCCGAAUGCUUUAACUGAUCCUCUACGUGUGCGCACUCCUGACAUCUUAGACUACUGGAAGCCCUUGGCUGAAGAUAUGGAUGAUUCUGCUGGAAUUGAAGCCGAAUAUCAUCACAAAAAUAAUAGGGUUUAUUGUUGGAAAGGUCUCCGGUUUUCUGCUAGACAAGAUCUGGAAGGAUUUUCUCGAUUCACAGAAUAUGGAAUCGAGGGUGUCGUACCUAUGGAACUAUUGCCUCCUGAGGUAAGGUCAAAAUAUCAAGGGAAACCGAUCGACAAGUCUAAGCGGGCCAAGGAGGAAACAAAAACUUCAGUGCAACAAGCAGAAGGAAAUCAGGCAACAAUACCAACUGGGGAGGUAGGCGCUGAGGGAAGCAGACCUGAGCUGGAAACCUCAUCCAGUGCUCCAAUGGACACAUAUACUGCUGGGAACAUUUCUCAAAGCGGACCACCAACUCCAGAUGAAAACCAGAAGGAAAGCUCUGAAACAGAUGGUCCGGAAGCUGGGCAAAUGGAAGCUGAUGCAGAAACACCACAAAUGGAAGCUGAUGUGGAACUACCGCAGAUGGAAGGUGACGUUGGAACAGAGGCAGGAACCGAAACAGGCGAUGCAGAUGGCUGAUUAAUACAUGCGAGGUGAGCACUUGACAGUAGAAGCUAUAUCCCUGCAAUGAAACUUCUUUUCAAAU